AUGAAACUGUUCUUUAUCGCAAGCUCGCUUUACAUCCUAUACCUGAUGAAGGUACAGUUCCGGACGCGCCAUGAGGUCGACAUUGACUCGAUUCGGCUGGAUGUGUUACUGGGCACAUGCUUUGUGCUCUCGCUCUUGUUUAAUUACAAGUUUACGCCGAUCGAAAUUGCAUGGUCGUUUAGUAUUUUUUUGGAGGCUGUCGCGAUCUUGCCGCAAAUGUUCCUUCUGCAGCGGUUGGGCGAGGCGGAGACGAUUACAACGCAUUACAUCUUUGCACUUGGCGCCUAUCGGGCACUUUAUAUCCUGAACUGGAUUUACCGGUAUGUGGCCCUGUGCACCUCUGACGCCAGCCUGAUGUUUGAGCCGAAGCACCACUUUGACUAUAUCACAUUUGUUGCUGGCUUAGUGCAGACCGGGCUGUACGCCGACUUUUUCUACAUCUAUUUCACCAAGGUGAUUCAAGGACAAAAGUUUGAGCUUCCUGCGUAA